CGCAAACUUAUUUAUUUCCACCCAAUAUCAACAUGGCAAUCUACAUCGUGACCGGAAGCUCCCGCGGGCUGGGACUGGCAAUGAUCAAAGAACUGGCAUCUCGGGACCCUACAGAGGUCAGUCUCGUGAUCGCUGCUACUCGGAAAUCUAGCACUGCGUUAGAUGAGAUCGUCGCACGGGAAUCUGGUCGUGUCGUUUUCAUCCCGCUGGAUGUGUCCAAGGAGGCCAGUGUCUCAAGUUGUGUUGAAAAGGUGGGAUCAGUCGUGGGCGAGAAGGGAGUUGAUGUUCUAAUUAACUGUGCUGGUGUUCAUUCGUGGUUGGAGGGGAAAACUGAAAAUAUGGCCGAUCUCGACUACCAACUUACCGUGAAUGUGGUUGGAACACAUAAUGUAACACGCGCCUUUCUACCUCUCUUGAGAAUAGGAAAGUCGAAGAAGGUUGCUAAUAUCUCGACGGUUUAUGCGUCAAUGACGCAUGCAGAGAUGUCUAGCUUUGCCAACUGCCCAGCUUACAAGAUUAGUAAGGCUGCUCUCAACGCACUUACUGUGCAAUAUGCCAUGUCCUAUAAGGAUGAGGGAUUUACCUUCCUGGCUGUUAGUCCCGGUUGGCUGAAAACUGAUAUGGGUGGCGAUGAUGCUCACCUCACCGCGGAAGAGGGGGCACACGCGGUUCUUAAUGUCGUCGACAAAGCAGAGAGUGACUCGAACGGGUGUUUCAAGAACAUUUUUGCUCCUGGAUGGGACAUGUAUGAUGGAAAGGAUAUUCCCUGGUAG